UCGAUAUUCAAAAUAAAUUAUCGAUAGUGAGAUGAAAAUAAAACUAUCGAUAAUGUUGAUAGUGCCACCGAUUUUUUUAGCUCUAGUAAUUUGCCUUUUGACCAUCGUAAAUUUAUAUAUAGAUCUUAUACCAUGCUUUUGACUUCAACUCAUUGUAGACACAUGUUUCGAAUUUUUUGGAACACAUUUAUUUUAUAGAAACCCGAUUAAAAAGUCUUCUAAGUUUAAAAUGCGUCGUUUAAAAAAGUAUCAGUCUGGAGAAGCAGCGCAAUAUAUUACGCGCCGCGCGGCUUUGCGUAAAUUACAAUUGUCGUUGAACGAUUUUCGCCGCCUAUGUAUAAUAAAAGGUGUCUAUCCACGUGAGCCUAAACAUCGUAGAAGAGCUCAAAAGGGGUCUUCUGAUAUUAAAAUACUAUACCAUGCGAAAGAUAUACGGUUUCUCCUUCAUGAGCCUAUUGUUUGGACGCUAAGAGACUACAAGAUUUUUGCAAAAAAAACUGGGAGAGAUCGCGCUAUAAAAGAUUUUCGUAAUUUAAAGAGGCGCUUGGCAUUAUAUCCAGAAUUGCGAAUAGAUCAUAUUGUAAAGGAACGUUAUCCAACGUUUAUUGAUGCAAUUAAAGACCUCGAUGAUUGCUUGACGUUACUUUUCUUAUUCAGCACAUUUCCUUCAUUACGUUUAAUUCCACGUGAUCAAUCGUUUUUAUGUAGACGGCUUACUAUAGAAUUCCUGCAUUAUAUUAUCAGUUCAAAAUCAAUUCGGAAAGUUUUCAUAUCGAUUAAAGGAUUUUAUUUUCAAGCGGAUAUUAAGGGGCAAAAAGUUACGUGGAUUAUGCCACAUCAUUAUCCUUUUAAGCCUCAUUCAAAAGCAGAAGUGGAUUUUAAGGUUAUGUCGAUUUUUGUUGAGUUUUAUACAAUAUUGCUUGGGUUUGUAAAUUAUCGUCUUUACCAUAGUGUAGGUUAUACUUACCCACCUAAAUUUCGGUCAGAAAUACAUAAUGAUUUGCAAGACAAUUUUAAAGACGAAUUAUCAUAUGUAUCAGAUCGUAUCGCGGCGCUUAAUUCUGAUUUAAUAUUCAUAGAAAAUGAACUAGAAGACGAAAUUGAGAUCAUGGACCUAGAUUUUCUUGAGCAGAGUCAAAGUUCAAAUCGUAUACGGAAACUAAAAAAGGAAGCAAAAGAACUUAAGGCACUGCGUUCUCUUUUUAAAGGUUUAAAGUUUUAUAUCAAUAGAGAAGUACCACGAGAACCAAUAGUAAUUUUGAUACGAUCAUUUGGAGGUAAAAUUUCUUGGGACUCUACAGUGUUUGUUGGAGCCACGUAUGAUGAAAGCGAUGAAACUAUUACUCAUCAAAUUGUCGACAGACCAAUACUAAGUAAAAAAUAUAUAUCCCGUGAUUAUAUUCAACCACAAUGGGUAUUCGAUUGCGUAAAUAAGCGCACACUACUUCCAACAAACAGUUAUUUUGAAGGUGUUGUGUUACCGCCGCAUUUAUCUCCAUUCGUUGACAGUAACCGGGAUUCCUACGUUCCACCCGAGGAACAUGAAAACAAAAAUCAGUCUGAUUUCAAUCAAAAGAAAUCUGUUGAGGAAAAUGCUGGGUGUUCAAAAAAAGAAAUAAUAGACAGUAGCACCAUGGAUGAUGAGCAAUUACAAAUAGCAUAUAUGGAAGAAAAGGCAGAUUUUGAGGAGUAUGGUCAUAUGCAAAACGAAGAAGGGCAAAAUGACGAUGAUGUUGAAGUUGCUGAGAAGGAAAUGCAAAAACAACAACGCGAAGAAAAGUUGUCUAUGAGUGUUCAGGCUGGUAAAGUCCACAAGGAAAAUAAAAACAUCCGUCGAAAGAAUGAAAUAGAUGAACAUCGGUUACAAGCGCGCAUGGUAAAGUCUCGUCAUCGCAACCUUUUUAGGAAAUUAAUACGCGAAAAACAAGUUAAAGAAAAGGAAAAGUGGCUAUUGAAAAAGAAACGGCGAAAUAUUGACGCACAAAGAAUUCCUAAUUAAUAAUUAUAGUUACAUAUAUAUCUGAUUAAUGUAUAAGAGAAUAUAUGAACAUUUACUUAAUAUACAUUGUUUAAAUUAACCCCAUA